AUGAAAUCGUGGAAGAAAAUAAAAUACAGCACGUUUCCUGUCAGGCGGCCUGACGGCCACGCGCCUCUUGCUCCGCCGCAAUCACCGCCAACAACUUUCAGAUCCGACAUUGGAGACGGCGGCUAUGAGCAAUUUCAACCACCAAUACCAUUAUUUCCACCACAAUCGCCGCCGACAACUUUCAACAACCAACUUUCAGACAUGGCCGACGGCUUUCAACCACCACCACCAUUAUUUCCACCACAAUUUCAACAACCAACACAGAUAUUUCCGCCACAAUUUCAACCACCGAGUUUUCAACCUCGCCACCUUCAACAUUCUCCUCGAUUUCUAACACCACCGAAUUUUCAACCUCGCCACCUUCAACAUCCUCGAUUUCUACCACCACCGAUUUUUCAACCUCGCGACCGUCAUCCUCCUCCUCGUUUUCAACCUCCUGCGCGAUUUGAUAACCCUAAUCAAAGCGACCUUCAUCCUCCUCCUCGAUUUCAACCUGCUGCCCGAUUUGAUAACCAUAAUCAAAGGGACCUUCAUCCUCCUUCUCGAUUUCAACUUCCUGCGCGAUUUGAUAACCCUAAUCAAAGGGCUUUUACAACAAUGCAGCAAGUAACUACUGAAACAAGUUCUGGAACAAAGGAAAAUACAUCUGAAACAAGUUCUGCAAUAACAGGAGAAACAACCUCAGCUUAUUUUUCAGGUUCAAAAGAUAUUUGGAACGAUUUAACAGAGGAUGAUAUUAGAGGACCUUUGACUGGAUAUACUGGCACAUUAACUUUUUGCAUCAUUUCCAGAUCACAAAGAAAAAUUGAUGAAGAAAAGGGAAAAGUAAUUGAAGGACUCACACUAUCAGGAAUAACUCCAGCAGAUUCCUAUAGAUAUAUGUGUAAUGAAGCUGGCGACGCAAGGGUGGUUGGACACACAUUAGUUGACCACAUGAAUUUCACAAGUAGAUUGAAAAUGAAAAGACUAGAAGGAAAAGAUACACAAGCAGUUGUGAACAUGUUAAUUAAGAGAGGAGAAGAAGAUCCAACAUUUUAUUUCCGAGUAAAGGUUAACGAAGAAAACCAAGUAAUUAGCAUGUUUUGGAGAGAUGGCAUGAUGAGAGAAGAUUAUGACAUAUACGGUGAUGUCUGUGUCUUUGACACGACUUUUAGAACAAACAAAUACAAUUUAGUUUGUGCGCCAUUUGUAGGUGUCAACAACCAUUGGAGUAAUGUGAUGUUUGGUUGUGCUUUUAUUGCCGAUGAGAAGACACACACUUUUGUGUGGCUAUUGGAAACAUUUCUGGAGUCUAUGGGAGGAAAAGCACCUAUAACUAUCUUUACAGAUCAAGAUCAAGCAAUGGCAAAUGCUAUUGAACAAGUGUUUCCUAAUACCAGACAUAGAUUAUGCUUAUGGCACUUACAAAAGAAUGCUGUGUCAAGAUUUGGAGACUUAAAAGCUGAUAAUACCUUCAAAGACACAUUCAAGAAGUGCUUAUAUCGUUGUUACAAUGAAGAAGAAUUUGAAACCACUUGGUUUGACAUGAUUACUAAGUAUAACCUUCAAAAUCAUGAUUGGUUUACAAAUCUCUAUACAAUAAAAGAAAAAUGGUGUACGGCUUUGAACAAAGAUUUUUUCUCAGCUGGAAUAUUGUCUUCACAAAGGAGUGAGAGUACUAACAAUGCAAUUGGAUUUAAAGGGAACAAAUCAACUUCACUAACAGAAUUCUUUCACAUUUUUGGAGCAACAGUGGAUCGUUGGAGAUAUCAAGAAGAUCAAAAUGAAUAUGAUUGUGGAAAUGCUUUGCCUAAAUCUGAUUUUCCGAUGGUCGGAAUGAUAAAACAUGCAGCAAAUGUUUACACACUUACAUUGUUUAGAGACUUUGAAAAAGAAUUCAAGUAUGCAAUGGGUUGCAUCUCAAAUGUCAACUACAUCAAUGGAAAUUUCUUUGGUUACAAAGUGCAACAUGAAUCUUGGCCAGAACAUACUGCCCAUUAUGUAGCAUUUGAUCCAACAACAAAUUCCAUUAAAUGCACUUGUAGGAACUUCGAAGAAUCAGGAUGA